AUGGCGGAGUCAAAAUUUUCCGAGGAGGAGGUGGUGGCGGAUCAUUCCAGAAGGCUUCAUCGCGAGAAACGCAUAAAGUUUGUGAAAUAUUGUGUUGUUUUCAUUGUGUUCCAGACCGCAAUUAUACUGCUCUUUGCACUUACAGUCAUGAAAGUCAGACGCCCCAAGUUCCGAGUCCGGUCAGCAACGUUCGGGAAUUUUGAUGUGGUGACAUCGACUAGCAAUCCGUCGUUCAACAUCAACAUGAUUGCUGAACUUGGGGUCAAGAACACCAAUUUCGGCCGCUACAAGUACGACGACAGCACUAUUAGCUUCUACUAUGGGACAACACAGGUUGGGACAAGCUAUGUUCCUAAUGGCCGAGCUAAAGCUAGAUCCACCAAGAAGUUCAGUGUCAUCGUGGACUUGUCAUCGGCCACUUUACCGAGCGAUCCGCGCUUGGGACAAUAUUUGAGCUAUGGGAUCUUGCCUCUGACCGCCCAAUCGGGAUUGAGGGGGAAGGUAAAGGUGAUGAAUAUUUUCAACAAGAGGAAAACCGCGAAUAUGCUUUGCACCAUGGAUCUUAACCUCGCCAUCAGGACGCUGCAGAAUAUACAAUGCAAGUGA